CCUUGUCAAUUCUCACUUGAUUAAAUCACGCUCAUCAAACGUUCCACCGAACCCGACAUCUUCUCUCUCCUCUCCUCACCCUACCCCUUGUCUUCCGCCGCCUCGGCCCGUCUCCGUCCCUGCUCGUCGCCGGCCGCCUCCGCCGUCGCUGCCAAGGAUGCCAGAAGAAAAUUCGUCGAUUGGUCUUUCUUGGGCUCCAAAGGUGCCUCCUUUAACUAAUGGAAACAAAAACAGCUCCGAGAAAUCACGCGCUCCAGCGAAAGACUCUGUUUGGAGACCUGGCAAUGAGCUCGUGGACGGAUUGUUUGUUCCUCCCAGCGAUCCGCGAAAGCUGAAUAAAUUGCUGAAGAAAAGUGUUAAAGACACUGCUGGCGGAAGCUGGUUUGAUAUGCCUGCUCCUACUAUCACUCCGGAGCUAAAGAAAGAUCUUGAGAUUCUCAAGCUGAGGAGUGCUAUCGAUCCAAAAAGGCACUUCAAAAGGGGAGAGAAAUCGAAGGCCCUCCCGAAGUAUUUUCAGGUGGGUACCAUUAUUGAACCUGCAUCUGAGUUCUUCUCAGGCAGGCUGAAGAAGAAAGAGAGAAAGGCAACAUUGGCGGAUGAACUGCUAUCUGAUCAUGCAUUUAAGGCUUACAGAAAACGUAAGGUCCAAGAAAUUGAGGAGAAACGUCAACCUGGUGGUGUUGAUAAGUGGAAGAAUAAGGGCCGACAGACAUGGAAACGUGCCAAGCAAAGAAGGGAAAAAGCUGGUCAUUGAACUGAUUGCUUGGAUUCAAGAUAAGAGAGUGAUCUAUAGCUAAAUUCAUGCGGUAGCAAUUUUCUUCUGGAAACUCUGUUCUUUUAAGGAAUGGACACUGAGGGUAUAGAAAUACUCUAUAGCUUACUAGAGAUGUCAAAAAUUCUACAAUGGAGGUCCAAAUCAAAGAAAAUUUAAAGCAAGAUUGGUCUAAUUAGGUCAAGAUAAGUUCUCAUUGUCUUUCAAAUGUUAUCGAAUUUCACUAAUAAAGCAAUGUUUGUUCUAUAAA